UACCCCAUUGGAAGAUCACUCCUCAGGAUUCCCUUGCCCAGAGCCCCGGAGCAGGCUGGGAUGGUGUCCCAGGAAGCUCCUGAGCCUGUCCAGUGCUUGCCCCUGCCCCUCACUGGUCUGAAUGCCAAGGAUGUGCUGGGGAGAAAGCACAAGAGGAGGAGCCGGCAGCACCAGCGUUUCAUGGCACGUAAGGCCUUGUUGCAGGGCCAGGGGCUGCUCAGCACGCCCCCUGAGCCCUGGUCCUCCCCACCACCCAUGCCCAAGGCCCCACCAGGCUCCAGUGGUGGGGGUCCGAGUCCUCGAGCCCCCUAUGGCAGGAAACCAACCCUUGGAAGUAUCGCCAGGCCCUUGCCCAGCAAGUUAGUGGCUGUCGACUGCGAGAUGGUGGGCACGGGCCCCCAUGGACGUGUGAGCGAGCUGGCCCGCUGCUCCGUGGUGAGUUACCAUGGCGACGUGCUCUACGACAAGUAUAUCCGGCCGGAGAUGCCCGUGGUGGACUACCGCACCCGCUGGAGCGGCAUCACGAGGCAGCACAUGCACAAGGCCAUUCCCUUCCAGGUGGCCCAGAAGGAGAUCCUCAAGCUCCUGAAGGGCAAGGUGGUGGUGGGCCACGCACUACACAACGACUUCCGGGCCCUCAAGUACAUCCACCCUCGGAGCCACACCCGGGAUACCACUUACGUCCCCAGCCUCCUCAGCCCCCCUGGCCUCUCCUCUCGGGCUCGGGUCUCCCUGAAGGAUCUGGCCCUGCAGCUGCUGCACAAGAAGAUCCAGGUGGGCCACUGCGGACACUCGUCGGUGGAAGACGCCCUGACAGCCAUGGAGCUCUAUCGGCUGGUGGAGGAGCGGUGGGAGCAGCAGGAGGCCAGCCGCCCCCAGGCCCACCCUGAGGACCGAGAGCCAGACAGCAGUUCGAACUUGGAGCAGUACAUGGAGGACCAGUACUGGCCCGAGGACCUGGUCAUGGGCAGCGGCGGGGGCGCGGGGCAGACACAGGAUUGAAGGCAGAGGAUGGGGAGACCCCAGCUUCCUUCCAUGUGUACACGGGGGAAGAGAAGUAGGGGCCAGGAGGGCAAAGGUGGGCCUGACUAUCCUGGGCAGGGCAGAGUGCAGCUGGCCCUUUCUCCUCAGCCCUGUGCUUUACUGACAGGCAUUUACAGACACCACACAGAUGUCUGGUGCACCCUGAACCCAGCAGGGUAGCGAUGUGCAGAGUAAGUAUGCCACAGAGUUAGAGAGUCAGGGUCUCUAAAGAAGCCUGAUCUCUCAUGUCUUUAUACUAGAACUGUGGGUACCGAGAGCCCUUGUCACUUGAAGGACCCUGCUAGGUCACAGUAGAUUGCCAUCUGCCCACAAGCCACCCUUGAGUUGUCCCCCCUCACAUGUUGACAUCAGAAGUCUGCAGCCUGGAGGAGGGGGAGCGGGAGUUGGGCUAUGCUUUGGUUGAAGGCUGUGACCCCAGCCAGGAAUUGCCCUGCCUGGGGACACUAGGAGUUCCGGGUUGGGACAAAUGGUCAAUGUGCUUAGCUGCUAAUGUAACUAAUGUCAAGGUGUGAAGUCUGCAUGUCACCUAGAAGUCCCUCAGAAGAAAGGACUGGCAAUCUGCUUCCCAAGAAUGGGCUACUGCAAACCCUACAGAGUGCAAACCUACUCGACCUAUGUGGGGUGGGCAGGUUGGGAUUGACUUAUCCAGUUACCUGCUUUGGCUUGGUUCCCCAGCACUAGGCUCUCAUAAGCAGAGGCCAGAGAAAUGGGACUGUGGUCUGGAUUCAGCAGAUUGUGCUGGGGGAACUUGUGUUGGGUAAGAGUGAGGCUGUUGGGGAACGGAGUCUAUGGCCACUGAAGCACUUUGACCAAUAGCAGCUGUGAUUGUUUGAUUUUCUGCUAAUUUCUGAAAAUGUUCUCUGUCUGAACUCUGUCUGAAUCACCCUCCCCUUUUUUGCCCCCCAUGCUCCUUGUUUCCUGAGGGCCAGUUUGGGGUGAGAGUAACAAUGAGCUGGGGUCACGCAGAUCCUGUUGCGAUCCCUGAGUUUGCUCACUGCUUUACUAGCCUUGAGACUUUACCCGAAUGUGUGACGCCCUUGUGAGCCUGCAUCCUCACUGAAAUGGGGCUGCCCAACCUCAGUGCUGGGGGGUCUGCUGAGCGCUCAGCACAGCUCCUGGCCCAGGAAGCCUCAGUCAGAGUGAGCGGCUACUUGUUUUGGUUUUCUUCUUUAAAUCGUUUUAUUGGGGGCUCCUACAAUUCUUAUCACAAUCCACA